UUGCUCACUCAAAUACGUCCAUAUAACGACACGAGUUGAAGCUGGAGCCACAGAUUCAGUGAAAGAUGCCCAGAGAUAGGACAAGAGAUAAAAGGAGAAGGUCUGCCAGCUCUUCAUCUAGCAGCUCCAGUGAUGAGAGUGAGGGUGAGAGGAGGGGAAGGAGGAAAGAAAGGUCAAGGAAAAGGUCACGCUCAAGAAGUCGUGAGAGAUAUAAGAGACGCUCGAGUAGAGACCGUUACCAUAGAGACCACCGUCGCCAUCGGCAACACAGUAGAAGUCCUAGAAGAAGUAGAAAUCGGAGUAGUCCUGUAUCUUCAAAGAGAAGAGAUAGAUCAAGAGAUAGAGACAGAUCAAGAGAUAGAGAGAGGUCCAGGAGUCCAUCCAGGAGAGAUAAGGGAAGGAGGGAUAAAGGAGAAGAACAAGUAACUGACAAAACUACGCCCACUCAAAUAGAUGAACUCCGAUCCCAAGAAUCUCCGAUAUCAGAGGCUGAUUUCUAUACUCCUCAGUCCCAUACUCCUCAAGCAGCUGAUUCCCAUACUCCCCAGACUGAUUCCCAUACUCCCCAGACUGAUUCCCAUACUGCCGAGCCUCAGACUGAAGCCCCUAAACCAGUAGUACGUGGGUUUAUACCAGUGGGUGGGGUCAGUAAUGCCCCUCCCACUUUACUAGCCGAUAAUAAAGAGAAAGAACCAGAGAAUAGUGAAGAUAAUAAAAGAGAGACGACAGUUGAAGAGUUACAGGCAGAAACUAAAAAGAUCGAGGAAGAGAUGGCGAAGAGAAGAGAAAGGAUGGCAGCCUGGAGAGCAGCGAGACAGAAAGAAGAGGAGGAGACACAAGCAAAGCUAGAGGAAGAGGGAACUGGACGUAAGCAAUGGACACUGGAGGACGAUGAUGAUAGUGACGAUGAGAAUGGAGAGGGAGAGAAAAUGGAGGGAGGAGGAGACGAAGAAGAAGUUGAUCCUUUGGAUGCUUUUAUGGUCGAUGUCAAGCAAGAGGUGAUUAAAGUGAACGAGAACUUUAAACAGAAAUAUAACAAGGGGGCGGGGGAUGGGGUGGAGAAAGCAACUGUUGUCACGGUAACAAAGGUGAAAGGGGUGGAGCCUACGGAUGCAGGAAAGAAAGGCGAGCUACUAGAAAAUGAUCAAGAUGCAGCCGAAUAUUCAGACGAAGAGGAAGGACAUGACGCUGAAUUCGCAUCCGCUCUAUCAACAAUAUUCAAAAAGACUAAAAAGAAAGAUCUCCCUACAGUCGACCAUCGGAAAAUAGAGUACCCUCCAUUCAGAAAGGACUUUUAUAAAGAGGUUCCAGUCCUCUCUCGUAUGACAGAAGAAGAGGUUUCCAUGUAUCGUAUUGAACUGGAGAGCCUUAAAGUGAAGGGGAAGGAUUGUCCCAAGCCGGUAAAGGCAUGGUCACAGUGUGGGCUGAGCUCUAAAGUAAUGGACGUCAUAAAGAAGAACGGAUACGAGAAGCCAACUCCAAUCCAGGCCCAAGCCAUACCUGCCAUCAUGUCGGGUAAGGAUGUCAUUGGGAUUGCUAAAACUGGCAGUGGAAAGACUUUAGCGUUCCUGUUACCUCUGUUUCGUCACGUCUUAGAUCAACCCGAGAUUGGACCAGAAGAUGGUCCCAUUUCUCUCAUAUUUGCUCCAACUAGGGAACUAGCCAUUCAAAUCUACAACGAAUGUCGUAAGUUUUGUAAACCGCUCAAGUUGCGGACGGUCUGUGUCUAUGGUGGAUCAGGAGUCAGUGAGCAGAUAGCUGAUCUAAAGAGAGGGGCGGAGAUUGUGGUCUGUACUCCCGGCCGUAUGAUUGAUGUGUUAGCCGCUAAUAGUGGGCGUGUCACAAAUCUAAGGAGACUCACUUAUCUGGUGCUGGACGAAGCCGAUCGGAUGUUUGAUAUGGGUUUUGAGCCCCAGGUAAUGAAGAUUAUUAAUAACACGAGACCGGAUAGACAAACGGUCAUGUUCUCUGCCACUUUCCCUCGUCAAAUGGAGGCGCUUGCUCGUAAAAUACUCACUCAACCCAUCGAGGUACAGGUGGGUGGGCGGAGCGUCGUCUGUAAAGAUGUCGAACAGACUGUUGUGGUCUUAGAGUCGAAUCAAAAGUUCCUCAAGUUACUGGAGCUACUGGGGGUGUACCAGGAGCAGGGGAGUGUACUUGUAUUUGUAGAGAGACAAGAAACUGCCGAUGGAUUAAUAAAGGAUCUCAUGAAAGCCUCUUACACUUGUAUGGCUUUACACGGAGGAAUGGACCAAUCGGAUCGAGACUCUGUCAUAUCUGAUUUCCGAUCUGGGGCCAUGCCACUUCUUAUUGCUACGUCAGUUGCUGCUAGAGGACUUGAUGUAAAGCAGCUGAUACUAGUCGUAAAUUAUGACUGCCCGAAUCAUUAUGAGGACUAUGUCCAUAGGUGUGGGAGGACAGGACGUGCUGGAAGGAAAGGGUUCGCUUUUACGUUCAUCACACCUGACCAGUCACGUCUCUCUGGGGAGAUACUAAAAGCUCUUGAGCUAUCAGGAGCAGCCGUACCUGAAGAACUGGCUGAGAUGUGGAAGGGAUUCACUGAGCAGAUGAAAUCGGAGGGUAAGACUAAAGUGAAGAAGAGAUCAGCAGCUGGCUUUAAGGGGAAAGGAUUUAAAUUCACUGAGGAGGAGAACGCCCAGUCUUUGGAGAAGAAAUUGAAGCAAAAGAGCACGUUAAACCUUGGAGACUCUGACGAUGAAGAUGAAUACGCUAUCAUGACAAUGGAGAAGAAACUGGAAGAGGUAUUUAGUGGGAAACCUCGUAAGAUAGACCCCUCCGCCCCUCAGAUACCCGUCAUCAAGAAUAACCAGCAAAACCUUAACCCCACGGCUUCAAAGAACCUUGCUAAAGCAGCCGCCAUUGCUGAUAAGAUAGCGUCUCUAAAGAACCUUGGGUCAUCAGGCCAGACCUCCUCAGCAGCUCAAGAGGCAGCGACUAAUGUACUGAAAGGAGAAGAUGUGUCUAUGUCUGGAGUAGUACUAGCAUCUCAAAUAGCUGCUAGUAUCAACGCUAAAGUCGGAGCCUCUAAAGCAAAGGCAUCAAAAGCAUACCUACCAGUAGGUACUGUAUUACCCAAUGUAGGGGGCGGGGCAGGGGGAGGGGCUGGAGACGAGAGCGACUCGGAGGAAGAAGAUAAUAUAUUUAAUAAAACCGGUCUGAGUCAAUUGAUACACUACGAAGAUGAUAUUGAUAUCAACGACUUCCCACAGUCUAUAAGAUUCAAGAUAACGACACGAGAUGUACUUGAUGACAUCGGAGAGUUAUCAGACUCCUACAUAUCAGUACGAGGUAUUUAUGUACCACCUGGCAAACAAAACAAACUGACUGAUACUAGUAGACUCCAUUUAUUGAUUGAAGGGAAGACGGAAAGGUCUGUCACAGUGGCUAAGCAAGAGAUUAAGCACCUGGUGAAGGAGGAGGCACAGAAACUGGCGGCUCACGUGAACCCGUACCAGAAGACUGGGAGAUACUCAGUAUUGUAGUUAUACCCACCCACUCGUUAUAAUUAAUUAAUAUUGAUUAUUAAUUAAUUAAUAAUAAUAC